AUGUUGAAUGAACCGGUUAUCCACUUUUUCGUCAUAAUUUUAGCUCCUUUGAACAAUUCCAAUACCAAUAUGGGCACUAAUCUUCCAACUAAUCGUUACCUUUCAAAUGAAGUUAUAGAGAACAUCACAGAAUUGGGUAAAGAAGCCUCAAAUGAAGAUAAACUUCUCUUUUGUGAUGUUUGCAAAAAAACCUUUAGAUGGAUGAGCCAUUUGGACGCUCACAAACGCAGACAUAGUUGCAUAAAAUCAUUUGAAUGUGAAGCUUGUGGAAAGCAAUUUAUCUCAAAAUAUGAACUGACUGUACAUAUGCGUUCCCAUACGGGAGAAAAACCAUACAAAUGUAGUGAAUGUAAAAAAGGAUUUGCAGAUAAAUCAAAUUUGAAUAGACACGUCCGUGUUCAUACAGGUGAAAGACCAUAC